AUGUCCGAACACCCUUACAGAUAUGGCCACUAUCCAGGCCAGCAAGUCCCUCCCAAUCCCUAUUUCUAUAAUCAACCCCUACCGCCGCCACCGAACACUCAGCUUCCCUACCACGGCCCCUUGCAUCCGCCUAAUAUCACCACCGAGAACUACGCGGUCGUCAACACUUACCAACACAAUGCCAAUGGCAUACCCGGUUUGGGACUAGGCAAUUCUUUCCAAAUUGUGCCGUACCCCCAACCCGAGACUACCGCGACGCGGAGUUCGCAGCUUCAAACCGUGGUCCCUUCCCGGGAAGAAAAUUCUACCCUAGAAGAAGGAGAGUUAAGCGAGGGCGAAUUCGAAGACCUUUACGAGCCCAAGGUUUCCAAUAAUGCUCCCAGUAUCCCCAACCCACCGCCUCCUCGAGCGCCGAGCAUUAUAGGGAAUCGACAGGGCAGCGUUGGGGACGCCGAUGGAUCCUCCAUAUACGAUAGCGAGACGCCUCGAGGAGAAGUCAUUACCAAUAGCACGUCCACAUCACUUCCCGCCCCCGAACGAGAAUAUUCUCCCGGUGCAGAAUGGGAGCGUGCCGACCAAGAACGUGAGAGGUCCGGCUCCUAUUCGCCAUAUCUUUCACCUAGGGAGAUUCAGCGUAAGGCGCCGGUAACUAAGGCGACUGCCCACGGAUCUAAACAGCCUCAUGGCAUCCAAACCACCACACACUCUAUUCCGGGUGUAGGCACAGAGCCUUCGCCGCAACACUCGGCGGAGGACCCAUUUUCAAAUGACGUGCCUCUCUUAAGUUCGGUUGCUACCGGCCAUGCUACAGUACCUACCGUCGCUCCGAACAAUUUCGAAAACAAUUCACCUUUUAUCUCCAUAUCCGAGGCAAAAAGGAAGGCCCAAGAAGCCAUUCUGGGUCUAUGGCCCUUCAAGGUUCGAUAUCAGGACUAUAUCAAGGAAGGGUUCGAUGAGAAGUUGAUGAAGGGGCUAUUCAUGGAUUUGGGUCUAGACACCUCGAUGCCUAGGCCUGUCGUAGUUCCGAAGACCACGGAUGAACCUCAAGUCCCAACCGCGACUGUCCCCGACGCUGCCAAGGACGUCAAUAAGCCACAGGACGCCACCGAUCAAACCGAAACUACGUCGAAGCCGAAGCAAACCGCUACCGCCAAGCCUACCAUAAAUCCGGGUCCUAGUAGUGAUACAAAGACUACAGAGAAGUCCGCGGCAGAGGAACGAAAGGACAAGAUCGCCCGAAAACUAGCCGCGAAGGCACAGAAGUCAACGGCAUCAGUCCCGGUCCCUACACUUACUCGACCGCACAGGCUUCCUUCGGAUGCCGUGAAUACUGCAGCCUCCGCAGCUGCGUCCCCUGCAAAGAACAAAACCCGGGCAGAGAAUAAUGCGAUUCUACACCAAAAGCUAGCGGCACUGAAGAAAGCACAAGAAAAAGCACAAGAAAAGGCAGAGGCAGAGAAGUUAGUGGCUGACAGUCCCGAUAAGCCUCCUACGCCCCCGGGUGUGUCUACUGCUCUCCCGGCCGUAGUUUCCGCCGUGCAUAAUAAUGCAGGAUUGUCCGCGAGCUCUCCCGUAGUUGCGAUACCUGCAUCAGGGCCCGAUCAGCAUCCCGUGCCUACGGAAAGGAGCGUCCCUAAAGAAGGGGGCAUCCCGGGUUUAUUCCUAUCCACUCCGCCGGCACAAGCCCUAAACCGCACCUUGAAACGUCCAGUUGCCUCGGAUUUCGAUAACUACCCAGUUUAUAGCGGGUCACUCAAACGAUCUCGCACUCAGGAGACGUUGAUUAUCGAUGUUAGUGACGAUGAAGACGUUGAAAUGGACAUUGGCUCUCCUAUUGACGAGCCUAACUCGUCGACCGAGGUGACAAGUCCGCUUCAGCAAACCUCUCUGGGCUCAUUUCCGCCACUUUCCGACCCUACGAACGGCAAGCAACGCUCGAGUCCCGCGUCAAGCGCAGUGCCGACGCCACCUUUACACGGGCCUAAGCUGGACUUACUGCAUAAGCGAAUCGAAGAGAUGAAGCGGAUGAUCGCCGAGGCCGAGGUUAAGAAGGCCUCCAAGAUGACGAGGAUUUCGCAAUCACCACAGGCCCAGACUGAAGUUUCAGAAUCUAUUCUGCUGCUGAAAGAGUCAGAAGCGUCAGAGGUGUCGAGCGUGCGAGAAGAGAUAAGGAAGGUUAGUUUCAAGAGGCGUGAUAGGAUCGCGAGCCACGAAUUACCAGUUGUUGAGGCUACUCUUAAGGAGCAGCAGGAAAAGCUGAGACAGGUGGUUUCGGAAGCUGCCCAACUCGAACUCGAGAUCCAGGCGAGUAUAGAGAGACGACAUAAGCUGACUGCAGAAAUGGAGCAGCUGGAGGGUUCUCUCGAGGCAGUGCCUGUUGAAACAAACACAGAAUCUGAAUCUAUUUCCUACGCUGCUAGAAGUGUUGCUUCGGAGCCGGAUCAGGUAGCAGAAUCACAGCCUCCGGACGAGCAGCAAAUGAGCCCCGGGCGAACUCUCGACGUACAGAUGACGGAUGGAGAGUACGCGAUCGAGCAAGACACCGAAGUGGUCUCGGACGGUAUCCAACCUAUUUUGGACUCAUCGCUUCCUGGCACUGGCGUCCCAGAAAAGGUUCUGGCCCCGGCUACUGUUUCUGAGCUACAGAAACCCAACCUCAGCAACGAAGAACAAGCCAAUGCUGCCCAUGACAAGACAGCACCUGGGGCUCCUUCCACGGACGGGCUUAACAAGGAUGACGGAGACGGCUUUGGCCCGAUGGCGGCGGCCGCAGAUACUCACACUAAACCAGAAGGCCGAGCCGGAGUAGAUACGUCGGAACUGCUACCUGCAAAGAUCCUGUCUCCAAUACCCGACAGUCCGCGGGAGCCACACCCAACGCCAACUUCUCUUACCCACAUUGUUCCCCUUCCCGGGCCCGAAGACGAUACUUCGAGGCUCCCGCCACCCCACGCAGAGAGCAAUCUACGCAUUGAGGAACAGGUCAAUGAUGAGGAUGAACUUGAAGAGGAGCCUACGGUAGAGAAUUUGUUGUCUUAUCAUAGCCCUCUCGGGUAUUUCCGCGCAUUUAGAUUCCACCCCAGGUUCUUCGAUGAGGUGUCGGGCGGCCUCAAGUCGAUGACUUACAGCUCCAGGAUUGACCCGAUGCGACCACUUUGCCCCCGCGUGUUAUCUGGGGAGCAGUGCCCGGACGGCAACGCUUGCGAAUUCCAGCACUUUGACACGAUGGUGGUUCCGGAUCCCGAUAUCAUCACCGAGCUCGGUUCCUCCGACAUUUUCACCGGGGAGACGCGGACUCGGUUCGUCGAGAGCCUCAAAAGGGUACUCGGCGAACUGAAGGCCAACAGAGUCCGAGACUUCGAUCGCAUCACGAAAGCCAUUGUGAAGCACAGGCGAGAAUUUCUUGAAGACAAAACCAAAGUGUUGCCACUCGACAGUGGUACGAGCUAG